ACGCCGGUUUCUCGACUUUGAUUUGAGUGUUUUAUCGAUUUCAUGAUGAUUGGAAAUUGAAAUAAUAUUGUAUUUUAGUUUUGAUAUAAUAACAUUAUAACAUUUAUUACAUAGUUAGAAUACUUCAUUGUUUAAUCUGUGAUUUUUGCUCUUUGCUUGAAAUAAGUAAUAUUUGAGAAUGGUAAGAACAAGAGAACAAAAAAGAGCUCUCACAACAAUUCCGGCUCUGCGAUUUCUCACGGUGAUUCUCCAGCCUACAAAAAGAAGAAAAACAAGAAGAAGAAUAAAACAUUCAAUAAACCCAACCCUUUUCGAGGUGUCCCGUUUUUUGACAGAGACGACAAUCCGAAGAGUAAAUACAGUAAGAAAAACGCACAUGGUAAUAAAAAUUCUCCGACUCAUUGGCGGUUUUAUAACGAUGAAAGACAUGUAAAAGACAAUACAUUUGUGGUUAUAAAAUGUGUUACUUGUGACAAGAGUACGGUGGUUGAAAGAAAUGUAGAAGGAGAUAAAAUGUGCGAAGUGUCGAAAUGUACAGAAUGCGAGGCUAGGUACACUCAGUCUGAUAACCAAAGUCAUCCUAGUGAAGCUGUUUCAACACUCGAUCAGAAAACUAGCAGUAAAAAAUCGCCCAACUCGAAAAAUAAUAGCAAUGAUCAAUCGUGUAAUCAGAAAAGAUGUGAGAAAAAUUUAGGAGAUUUGAGGAUUGAUAUUGUAAAGGAUAAAGCUACAAAUGUUGGUGAUGGGAAAAAUCUGCAGUGGUUGCUGCAGCCGUAUUCAGUUAAGGACUUUUUCAGAGGCUACUGGGAAAUUAAACCGCUGCUAAUAAAACGCAAUUCGCCACAACACUACUCGAGUGCAUUCAAUCUGACCACAGCGACAGUCGAUCAGAUUUUAGCUGACAAUGCAAUUUUCUUCACCAAGCAUGUUGACGUCACCUCCUACACAAACGGCGUUCGGGAAACACAUAAUCCUGAAGGUCGCGCCCUGCCGCAUAUCGUGUGGGACUUGUAUCGCAACGGUUGCAGUGUGCGGUUUCUGAACCCGCAAGCGUUCAUCCCCGACAUUCACAGGAUCAAUUCGGAACUGCAGGAGAAGCUGGGGUUUGUUGGGUGCAACCUGUAUCUGACACCGGCCGGGUCACAGGGGUUUGCGCCCCAUUACGAUGACAUCGAGGCGUUUGUGCUGCAGAUUGAGGGAUCCAAACACUGGAAGGUCUAUGCUCCUCUAUCUGAAGCGGAGACAUUGCCAAGGUAUUCAAGUAAAAAUCUAUCGGAAUCGGAUCUUGGGCCACCGAUAAUCGAUUGUGUUCUGAAUCCGGGAGACUUGCUGUUCUUUCCUCGAGGCUUCGUUCACCAGGCCAAAACCACGGAGGAGCAUUCACUACACAUUACGUUGUCCGCCUACCAGUGUACGGCCUACAUUGAUAUGUUUGAGAAGGUUAUUCCAAAUGUUCUGAAAGAAGCAGCUUCCAAAUCGGUGAAACUGAGGGAAGGGCUUCCUUUAAAUUAUGCGCAGACGUUUGGAAUCACAAGGAAUUCAAAAUACUCGGAUGCGCGGUCAAUAUACAAACAGAAAUUGAAAGACAUGUUGCAUGAUUUGGUGGAGAAUAUGGACUAUGAUGCGGCAGUCGAUGAGUUUGCAGCUGUCAAACUGCACGACGAUUUGCCGUUGUACCUGACUGAUGGUGUAAAAAAAUGUACAGUAUUUGGAAAUAGGAACACGAUAGAUCCUGAUGGUAAAGUUAGUAAAGUUGUUCAGCUGCAACUUGAUUCAAAAGUUUCCCUACUUCAACUGAAUAUUUGUAGGUUAGUGAAAGAGGACGAGCGUUAUCUGCUGUACCAUUCCAUGAGCAACUCCCUGGAAUACCAUGAAAGAGACAGGGAAUUCUUGGAGGUUCCGGAGGAUAAUAUUGAGGCUGUGAGACGUCUUUUCCACUCCUACCCGAAUUAUUUGAAAGUUGCCGAUCUGCCCAUAGAUGAUGAUGAGGCCAAGUGGUCGUUCGCCAAUACACUUUGGGAGAAUGGUCUGCUAAAAACCGAUAAACCUCUGCUUAAGAUCAGCCCUGAGGAGAUGGUUGGCGAUGACGAUGAUGAUGAUGAGGACUAAACACAGUACUAGGACUAAGACAGAAAAGUGUUAAAAACAGUACGUUGAUCGUUAGCUAUGAAAAUAUUUGUUCCUCUGGUUUUCACUGAAAAAAGUUGAAAAAUGUACGUUGAUCGUUAGCUCUAAAAAUUCGUUUCUGUUUGUUUUUAAAUGAACAAAAGGUCAGGAACUGAGUAUUGCCAGUUGAUACAUAUUUACAGAUGGAAAUUACUGAGAUAUUAUAUUUAUUCAAAUGCUAAUGAAUUAAUAAUUAUUAUUAAACGAAAAUCCAAAUUAAAUGCUGUAAAUCGCCCCGAAGACUUCUGCUUCUGCAAAUAUUGACAACAGGGUAAACAGCAAGAUGGAAAUUCGAUGGAAAUUUUCGGGCUGGCAAAUAAUUUUUGAAUAGUAGGCUCAUCGAAUUUCCAUCUAUCUGUUUACUCUGUUGUCAAUAUUUGCAGUAGCAGAAGUCUUCGGGGAGAUUUACAGCAUUUAAUUUGGAUUUUUGUUUAAUAAUCAUUAGAAUGCAUUAAUUUAUUUAUUGGAUGUAAUAAAAUGUGGAAUCUGAAAGAUUAUAAUAAUUGAAAUGUCUAUUAUUAUUGAGAGUCACAAGUGACUCUCCUUGUUUUGAAAGUUUUCAAUUCUUUUUUCAUUUGUUUUAUAAUUUAUUUUCUUGAAGUUAACUCUUGUUGAGGAAUAUUUUCCCUAAGCAACAAUUUUAUUUUUAUAAUUGGGUUUGAAAACACAUUAUUGUUUGUAGAACUAUUUAAAUUACUUUGUUUUUAUUUUAAAUUACUUGCGAAUCUUCCAUCAAAUCAUUGAAGUUUGUUUUGAAAAGACGGUUUAGUAAGGUGUUUAUUUUUGUAAUACUGCUUGAUGUAAGAAACGUUGCUAUUGUGGUUUGAUUGUAGUUUAAUCUCAAUCAAUUGAGUGCGAUAUUUCAAUUGAUUGAUGCACUGUAAAUCAAUCAAUCAAUAUACUUUUGAUUGAUACUCUGUAUAUCAAUCAAUUAUAUACUUAUCAACUGAUAAGGUAUCAAAGAUGGAAGAUUAUUAGAAAUCGCAGUUAAUCAACAGUUGGAAUAAUUAAUGUAUAUAAAAUCAAUAUUUGAAAUAAUUAUUAGACAGUGAUGAUGUAAGGAAUAUCAAAAGUGAUAUAAAGUGUACAAUAUUUUUACAGUAUUGAUCAACUACAGUCAUAGCCACCUCUAAACAAGGCCGCGGCCUACGAUAUUGCAAGCUGAUCUUUUUCACCAAUCAUGUAUUAUAUUGUAGGCCUACACUGCGACGUUGCAAUAUCGUAGGCCGCGGUCUUGUAUUAGAGGUGGCUAUGUGCUACAGUAUACCAAUACAUUAAUAUUCAUAAUUCAUUGAAAAUAUUAAUUCAAGGCUAGAAUCACUGUAAAUCAUUCAAUAUACUUUUGAUUGAUACACUGUAUAUCAAUCAGUUAAUAUACUUAUCAACUGAUUCAAAAUUUCUU